GCAAUGCAAUGAAGAUAUUGCUGUCAGUUUGUGUGGCCUUGCUGGGGCAACUUGUGGCCGCAAGUUCGGCAGUGUUGGACAGUUUUGCUCCUGUGCAGCAAGUUCUGCAAGUGCUUUCCAACCUCCAACAAAAAGUCACUGAAGAAGGUGCCGCAGCAGAAAAGGUCUUUGCGGACGAAAAAAGGUUCUGCACCACCAGGUCCCGUGAGUUGCGUCACAGUCACGAUGGCCUGAAGGCUGCGCAAGAGAAACAUGAUGCAGAUCUUUCACAAGCUCAGCUGGAGUUGGAAUCGUUGAGCACCAAGAUUGAGGAAUUGGCAAAUGCAGUUGCGUCUGAUGAAAAUGACCUUAAGGAGGCCGAAGAUCUUCGCGCAAAGGAUGCAGACCUUUUUGCAGAAGCCCAGAAGGGAAUCUCAUCAACCGUUGAUGCCCUUGAUCGUGCGCUUGGUCUUCUCGGACAUGAGCAACGCAGGGGUUACCAAAGCACAGCUAUGCUACAGAUGGAGGAGAAUGGUGCUCCCAUUGUGGCAGCCUUGUCAGCAAUUGUGGAGGCUUCUGGAGUGAGCGUGGCAGAUCAGCAUCAGCUGCAGUCAAUGCUGCAGCGCUAUCGUACGGAGACAUCGGAAGAGGAUGCUGAAGAUGCUGCGUUGGAUGCAGCAUUUGGGUUGGAGCCUGCAGCGGCUGCAGCUGCUAAGUCAGCAACCAGCCGCCUUAUUGGGGUACUGAAUGAGAUCUUAGAGAAGGCCCAGGGCGAGCUGGAUCAUCUGCGAAGCAAUGAGCAACGAGAACUGCGCAGCUUCGAGCUUCGCAAGCAGUCACUUUCUGAUCGGAUGGGCUUCAAAAAGCGAGAUCUGGCUUCAGCAAAAGAGGCUCGCAGCGAGGCUUCCCAAAGAAAAGCAGUUGCGGAGAAGCGCCUCGCAUCAGCCCAUACUGGUUUGGGUGAGUCUGCAGCAGCCCUUCAGGACUUGCAAAAAACUUGCCUUCAGAAAGCAUCCAAGUUCGAGGAGGAGACCCAAGCAAGGGCUGAUGAAGUGAAAGCCUUGCAAGAGGCGAAGGAAGCGAUCACCUCGCAGAUGCAAGGCUCGAUGUCUUUUCUGCAGCUGCAGCGCAGGGGUCUAAAGGCAGCGCCAACUCCAGCUGCAUCGGAUGAAGCAACCGCAGCAGCAAUGGCAGCAGCCAGAUCAGUCAGGCGGCUGGCAGUUCGAGCGGAUUCGCCUGCGCUUAUCGAGCUUGCUGGCCGGUUGGAUUACGUUGCCAAAGGCCGCUUGGGGAGCAGCGGUGAUGCCUUCAAGAGGGUCAGAGGCCUCAUUGGAGAGAUGAUUGGGCGCCUCCAGUCCGAAGCCCACGCUGAAGCAGAUCAUCAGGCUUUCUGUGACAAGGAGAUGUCGGUCGCUUCGCUCAAGCGUGACGACAAACAGUCAGAUGUGGACAAGCUGUCGACAAAGAUAGACGAAUCGAAAUCACAGCUGACGCUGCUGACGGAGCAGGUCGGGAUACUGCGCAAGGAACUUUCUGACAUCGCGCAGUCCAAGCUGGAAAUUGACCAGGUGCGCCAGGAGGAGAAGGCAUUGUUUGAGAAAGCGCGUAAGGACACAGAGGACGGCAUGCAGGGGCUCAAGAUGGCUUUGCAGAUAAUGAGAACAUUCUAUGCAAAGAUGGGUGGCUCGACAGGCCGCAGUGGCCAUGCUGUCUCCGUGCUGGAGUUCGCAGCAUCAGAAAUGCGCAAAAGGGCCGUGGAGCUGGAAGCCAGGGAGAGCCAAGCUGCCGCAGAGCACAAGCAGAUAUCCAGUGACAGUGAGGUGAUGCAAGCCACGAAACAGCACGAGGUGGAAGCUCGCACAGCAGAUGCAAGUGCCUUGGACAAGUUGCUCAACGAGCUGAGCUCCGAUCACGCGGCUGCCAAAGAGGAGCUGGAUGCCCUGCAGGACUUCACCGCCAAGCUGCAGGAACAGUGCGUGGCCAAACCUGAGCCAUAUGAGGAGCGGAAGCAAAGGCGAGAGAAAGAGAUCAGUGGACUCAAAGAGGCUCUGACAGCCUUGGAUGGAAGCGGCCAGCUCCAACCAUCGAGCUUGAUAGAUGCUGGCGACAAGACUUCGGUAAACACUGUGUUUCUCCAACUGAGAGGUAGUGUUCAAGCAGCCGCAUAG